GCACGGUCACCUCUGCGGUCCCGAUUUUCAUCCUUGGAGUGAUCUGCACCUCAGCUUCUAUGGAAGUUAACAAGCAGAUUGAACAAAUGCGACUGCAAGUAAAUAAUUCAUCUUUUUUUCUGGGGAUAAAAGAUGUGGGUUUUAUUCCGUUGAAGCCAUACUCUGCCCUUGUUACUUGGACGGCCCUUUGGGACAAGAUGACUUUCAAUGUGACCUACUUUCCUCGGGGUACCAAAGACACAGCAAAAUACAAAACGGCGUCUGUGAUUGGUGAAGAUCUUUCAGACAAAAACCAGAAGAUGGCUCGGCUAACGGAACUUCACCCGUUCAUAAACUAUACGGUUAUUAUACGAGGCUGUAUGGAGAACAACACCUGCGGCUUGCCAACGGAAUCAUGGGUCCACGGCAAGUCCGAAGGCUUGCUUAAACCAAGGACCACAACUGUUGAAGCAACUGGCCCAUUCUCUCUACACGUGAACUGGGCCGAGUCAAGGAGAGAGCAUGAGAUGCUUGACACUUAUUUGGUGCGGUGCUGCGUCGAGAGAGAAAGCAAGUGCGUCGAGGUCGAGACUACCAACAAUUCUGUCAUGGUCAGCAAUUUAUAUGCGGACACCGUUUACACUGUCUACGUCGGUGCUGUGCUCAUGGGCCUUGGAUGGGGAAAGAACGACGUCGCGCGGUUCGCGCUUGAGCACGCUCGGACCUGGAGCCUGAUUCCUUCUGUACCGGAGCUUCAGCAUUCUAGACGUAACCUCCACACCAUCGAGAUCCUGUGGCGUUUUAACAGAACUGCCCUCAACUUUUUACAGAUUUCCCGAGACAACUCUACCUGGAAGAAUUGCGACGCUGGCAGUGACUGCCUGAGCGAAACUAAACCUAAGCUCACCGAGAGACAACCUUACGUUACGGGAAUCGUCAUACUAAGUAACUUAGAGCCGAAUACAGUCUAUACAGUGUUCGCUAGAGGAUGCACUUCCAAUGGCUGCGGUUCACCAGGUCGUAUUCGCGCUGCAACAUCAUCACCAGUUCCAGCUUCACCCUCUAUUGAGUUCAUCGGAAGUAACGCACAAACAUCUGUAUUUACUUGGAAUUUCAAGGACACAGAAAUGAUCUACAUCCAGGUCUCCUUGGACAACUCCACUUGGCUCAACUGCUCAGUAGAAGCGGACAAGUGCAGAAUCAGCAGGCUGACAGAGAGCACGCUGUUCGAUAGCAGCGGAAUUACGACCAUCAAUGACCUAGCUCCCGGAGUGACGCAUACUGUGUUCUUAAGAGGCUGCAAUUUCCUCGGUUGUGGAAUGUCUAACUCGUCAGAAGUACAUGUUCCAGAAUUGGUUCCUCGGUAUCCGACCAAUGUCACAUUUACCGUCCUGCCAAACAACACGGCAGUGGUGAAGUGGAUAGGUCAUUCUACCUUGUGGGACUCCAGCCCACCCUACGAUGUGACUUGGAAGUGCGGCAACGGUCCAAAAAUGGUCAUGAUCACAACGCUCAAUACGCUAUCUAUUCAUGAUUUUAUUGACGCCGACUGUCAAGUGUGGGUGACGGCAGUUUCUUCGUGGCGCGAUUUAUAUGUCCACCGAAGUCAUGAGGUUCGAGCUGUUGUUCAGAACGACCAGUAGAGUAAAAAGUCAUAAGCUUAUCGCGGCAAAAAAAAAAAAAGUGAGAUCACUAUAUUAUUGUUAAUCUGAACUCACCAACACCUCGCAUGGCCGUACGUAUGAUCAACUGGUUCUACUUUCUCAGCUCAGAUUGAUUUCAAAAUAAAUCACAGCGCUCUCCAA